GCGGUGCGAGUUCCUUCGUGAGACACUGAGUCUUGUGUCGUCCGCUCUGUGUUUGUCAAAAUAGUCAGAAGCCGCAGCUUCCUCGACAGCUGCUGAAAAAUCGCUUGUCAACCCCGAAUUUCACUGAGGAAGAAUCAUGACCCGGGACAAUCUUACUGCGAUACUGUACGGAAUUAACGAUUUGCGUCUGGAGAACACGAGUAUCGAAGAUCCGGAGGACAAUGAAGUGCUUCUGGAGAUGGGAUGCGUAGGAAUUUGCGGAUCGGAUGUUCAUUACCUCGUUAACGGGAGGAUUGGUGACUUCAUAGUGAAGAAACCGAUGAUCAUAGGCCAUGAGUCUUCCGGUACUGUUGCCAAACUUGGGAAGAACGUCAAAAAUUUGAAGGUCGGUGAUCGCGUUGCCAUCGAGCCUGGUGUGCCAUGCAGAAUGUGUUCGUUCUGCAAAGAAGGACGUUACAACUUGUGUAAAGACAUAGUAUUCUGCGCAACUCCUCCCGUGCACGGCAGUUUGAGACGGUUUUAUAAACACGCAGCUGAUUUCUGCUUCAAGUUGCCAGAUCAUGUAAGCUUAGAGGAAGGAGCGUUGUUGGAACCUUUGUCUGUUGCAGUGCACGCAUGCAAACGGGGUGGAAUCGGAAUUGACUCCAAGGUGUUAAUCUUGGGAGCUGGUCCGAUCGGUCUAGUAACAUUACUUGUAGCUAAAGCCAUGGGAGCCAACAAAGUAGUUAUUACUGAUAUUGUAGAAAGUAGACUGAACAUGGCAAAGAAACUCGGUGCCGAUGAUACGUAUCUGGUGCAAAGAGAUAAAGCGGAAAAGGAUAUGGUAGUUGACAUUCACACAAUUUUCGGCGAGGAACCUAACAAAACGAUCGAUGCCUCCGGUGCACAAGCCUCAAUUCGUUUGGCGAUCCUCGCGACCAAGUCUGGUGGAGUCAUGGUAGUAGUAGGGAACACUGCUCCGGAGAUUCAGAUUCCGCUGAUCAAUGCAAUAACCAGAGAAGUUGAUAUCAGAGGUGUCUUUCGAUACGCAAACGACUAUAAGGAUGCACUAGAGCUUGUCGCGUCAGGUAAAGUAGAUGUAAAGCCAUUAAUCACUCACAAUUACAAGAUCGAAGACACCAAACAAGCGUUCGAGACUAGCAGGACAGGAGCUGGUGGAGCUAUUAAAGUCAUGAUUCACUGUAAAUGAACAGAUUGCAAAACAGAGAGAUUUCUAGGACUGUGUUUAGGUACAAAACGCGGUUACAAGACGCUAACGCUAAUUCAGUCAUGUAGCGCUCACAGUUGCAAGCUCCGCGAACUAAAAGCUUUUUGUUGUAUUGUGAGUUGAGCAACAUGACAAACAUAAAUGAAAAUAACUAUAUUGAUUUGGCAUCGCAACAGAUUGCAAUUUUGGGUGAAAUUGCCGCAAUUUUGAUAAAGCUUCUUGAUUUUGAUUUUAAUAAAUAAAUAAAUAAUAAGUAUUUGUUCAAAUCGAGCAAAUGACAUUUGCACAACGUUCGAAGAACACAUUUUAACGUUAUAAGCGCUAUUAGCAUAUCGUGUCUUGAAAUCUUGAGCACAAGUUAGCGCGAGUGAUGACGUUGCAAUGUAAAAACAAUGAUGUCAACAUCACAUUUUGGUAACGCUACAAACCUUCACACAUCGCCAAAGUGCGUUCGUAACAAAAGCGCGCUCCCCAAACACAGCCUAGAUAUCAAGAGCAACUGAAACACAUAAUCGUGAUCCUUAUGAGGAAUAUUUACGAGAAACCUUUAAGUCAUUUGUUGAAUAUGUUGAAUUAAAUUUCAUUUUUCAAAUCUUUUUCUAAGAAGCAUAUAUAAAUUAAUAUUUGCAAAAGACAUAGGGCCAAAAAAAUAUACAAACAUAGUCCACGUUUGACCAAAUAUUUUAACAUUGCUUUUCUAACAUUAUUCAUCAUCUUAUAUAAACGCUGCACUCUGCGAAGCAACUAUUACACGUGAUGUGUCUUUUCAUUUUAGUAUUGCUCUAAAAAAAUAAUAAUUUGUUCUAAAAAACAGUGAAUGUUAUUAAUGUUUCGAAUGUUAUUAAGAAACCUCCAAUGCAUGAUGAUAUGUACAUAUAAUACAGCUUUCAUAAAAAGAGAGAAACCUAGAAAAAUAUUCGAUACAACGGAUGAACUUUAGUGAUGACAUAUUAAUAAUACUGUUUGUUGAUAUUUUUCUCAAAACAAUAAAAAUAAAUGUAUUUUUUAUGAGAACAAUAAAAUGUUAUUCUGCAAUUAAACUGUUAAAUAAGA